AUGGCAUCCCAACAAAUUCAGGCCGAAGCUCAGAAACACGGAGAGAACAUUGGCCUUCGUGUUGCCCGGAGUUUGAGCAAACGCAUGUCCAUUGGCGGUAGCUCGAAAGACACUACAAGCAAAGGGAGCACUGAUCAGAGUGGCACUGGUCAACAGGCUCUCGAUAAGGGCGAACAAAUCAACCAAAGCACUGGCCAGAGUGACAUUGGCCAGCAAGCUGUGGAUAAAGGCGAACAUUACAUGCAGGGCACUGGUCAGGGUAGCACUGGUCAGCAGACUCUCGAUAAGGGGGAACAAGUCAAACAGGGCUCUGGCCAGAGUGGCAUGGGUCAGCAGGCUCUCGACAAAGGAGGACAAGUCAAGGAUGAAACCACGCAAGGAAACUUCAACACUGUCAAAGGUCUCGCAGGAAAGGGAGAAGGCACCAAAGAAGCCGUUAGUGGAGGAGAUGCUGCCGGUGCUAUCGGUAGUACCGGGUUGAACAAGGACAAUCUAAGCCCAGCAAGUGCUGAAAAGACCGGUCGCCGAAUGUUUGGCAGUGUUUCAGUAGGACCACCGGAGCCGAACGACGAUAUUCGAAGAGGUCCUAUCUUCCCAGGCCCUGGAGACCAGAGACAAACAGGAAAUGCUACUACCAGAGGUGCUGGAAGCAGCGCCAAAGGAGGAUUAAGCCAGGAAAAAAUGAAAAACAGCCAAAAACAAACUCAAAAACCCAGCCAGGGUGCUGGCAAAUCGCCAGGUGGAAUUGCUUGGGCUCAGGACCAAUCUGGACCGGGCCAGCAAAAUUUGAACCAAACCAAAGAAAGUACCACCAUGAGCAACACUGUCAAUCAGACCAACCAGACCUUGUCCCAGACAAGUACCCAAGGUAUGGAACAAAAUCAGCGACAAAGCUUGAGUAAAGAAGCGAGCGUUCUUGACCCAGCUAGCGACACCUUCGACGCAAAGGAAGCCGGAGGAAUCAGCCCUACCCAGAAAACGAUGAGCAACAAACCCGAAGGUCAAUAUGGCUAUAUGGAAGAUGAUGCCGCCAAGAUGGGGCAUGCAAGUAAGGAAAAAGACAAAUCUUCUCCCGGACGUGGGCUACUGGGCCAAGCAAAAGAGAAGUUCAACCAGACCUUGGGAGGCGUCAGCCAGAGAAAGAAAUCGGCCUCUGACCAGAGCAAGUCCAAUCAAGCCAAAGCCGGAGGGGCAGCUGCAGCUGGAAUGGGCGCAGCUGGACUCGCUGCACACGGAGAUAGUGCAGGUGGAACCUUUGGUGGUGGUGGUGACUCUAUCAGCGACGAGUUCAACACCAUGUCAGGUAUCAGUGACGAUGUCUUCAGUGAUGGAGCCGCUGGUAAGACUGCUGCCAAGGGGAUGGGUCAGGGCCUUGCAGGAAAGUCCUCUACCUCGGCUAAGAAGACCGACAUGGCCAAAGGAAUGACCGCAGGAAAGAACCCACAGGCCUCCAAGCAGUAUCACCAGGGUGGCAUCGGGGCAGUUGCCGCAGGCAAGGGUAUCAACAAGGGAAAGGGAGCCUUGGGCCAGGGUACAUCCGGCGAUAUGACAACCAGCCAAAUGAGCCAGAAUCUUUCAAAAAAGGGUGGGAUCACCAUGGGAGGAAUGGCCGCAAUGUCUGGAUCUGCUUCUGAAUCUGGAACUCCUGGAAUUCCUGGAGCCCGAGGUGCCGGUGCUGGACUUGCUGCCGGUGCUACUGGCGUUGCCGGUGCUGGAGCUCUUGGAACUGGUCUCAAGCAGGGUACAGACCAAAAGGGCAUGAACCAAGGAGGCAUCAGGGGCGAAGAAGCCACCAGUUCGACCGCUGGUGUCUCCUCUACCCGUGUUGUGCAGAACCUGAGUGGAAGUGGCUACCGGGUGACCGUCUUGCAAGAGAAGGUCCAUUCUGUGACUCAGAAAUGCAAGACUCAGCUAGGCCUUUCCGCAAAAGAGAUCACCCAACGUGGUCCCUCUGUUGAUGCUUUCUUCGAUUCCGUGGCUGAAGAACGUCUGCGCUGGAUGCCACGUGACGGAAGCAGACUGGAUUGCAGUCUAAGAUGGGCUUCUCGCCUUGCUUACGCGGUUGAUGCUCUCCGCGAAUCUGUGGGAGCCUUUGCACCUGGCGCCAACGAUGCGGCAAAAAUGAUAUGGGGCUUCCUGGUUUUGCUUCUGGAGGUGAGAUAUUCUUCAUUCAGUGGAAGUUGA